UGAAAUCCUUCUUGCCAGUUUACCGCUUCCUAUUUUUGGUGUGCCAGGUGUAUUUAAUAUUGGACCGUCAAUAGAUCUAGUUGCUACAACUGAAAUUUCUGGCAACGUAAGCGUAACAAUAAAUUUUGGUGGAGAUAUUAGUUUACCAAAAUUUAAUGUAAAUGCCACAUUUGUUAAUGAGCCAAUCUUUAAUCAAACUGGAUUUAUCCCUGAGGUUAACUUACAUAAACCGAAGCUUGAGAUCAGCACUCCAUCUAAAGUGACAAUUUUAACUGCAUUAAAACCACAAUUGGCUUUUGGUCUUAGCAUACUUAAUAAAUCUCUUUUAAAAGUAGGUCUUGAAUUAGUUGGAGAACUAAACUCUACCGUUACACUUGGGAAACAAAGUAAAUGUAAGAGAAGUAAACAACCACGUCUUGAAUCUACCCUUAAUG